AAACACCAAAAAAUACCACUUAGAAAUGCAACUCUGAAGUCGAUAGCAAGUGGUCUCGCGCCCAACCUAUCGGUAUCAGCUGUUCGGAAGCAAAGCAAAACAAAGAGGAUGCCAAACUAACAACAAACGGAUUAAAAAAUGUUUCUGUUCAUCAGUCGUCCCACGCGGACGCUGGGCAACCGCAUGCAAGCGGUUCGCGAGCGUCUUGGCGCGGAUUUAGCCGAUCAACUGGACGCACUGCACCGGAAUGUGAUGCGGACCGGACUGGUGUCCACACAAGAGCUGGAGGAGGCGUUUCGAAAGACACGCGACAUGGAUCAUAACCCGAACCGGUUGAAUCUGUUCUGGCUGCUGGGCAUAGUGUUUUUCAUCAUGGUGGCGACUCCGGUUUUCUAUGAGACCAUCUCGUUUCUGCUCGGCGUGCGCUGCUUCUUGCCCAACAAUUAUCUGGUUUGGGAGGCCACUCGACCUAUCAGCGACUGCGAGUUCUGCAAAGGCGUGCGGGCGCCGCUGAUCCUGGACAAUCUCACCAUGGAGCAGUUUGCCCCGCACGCCUACUCCUCGCUGCCCAUAAUUGUCAAGCGGGCAGUGGCACAUUGGCCAGCCCAAAAGCACCUCAGCUACGCCCACAUCAAGGAUCUGUACGAGAGGGUCCCGGGCGCAAUGGAGUCGGACUGCCAGUUCUCGCAUUUCAACUCCGAUCUAAAGACGCUGAAGGAUGUGUUUGCCAUGUCGGCAGACCGUUCGAAUCUGAGCCAGGGCGUGUCAUGGUUCGUGGGCUGGAGCGUCUGCCAGCCGGCUGUCCUGGCGGAGUUCAGGAAACUGUAUCCCCGCCCUCAUUUCCUGCCUGUCGACGCCGAAAUGCCCCACGCGGAUUUCAUAUUAAUGGGCUACGAGCAGGGAGCUGUGAUGCAUCUGGAUUACAUCCCCCGCCUGAUGUGGCAGGCUCAGCUGAAGGGAAACAAGAGCUGGUUUUUGGCCCCCGCCCCCGAGUGUGAUCACCACUGUCAGCCCUUCUCCUUCUACGUGGAGCCCGGGGAUGCUGUUUUGGUGGAUACACGCAUCUGGUACCAUGCCAAUACCAUUCCCAAGGGACAGUUCUCACUAACCGUUCAGUCCGAGUAUGGAUGAUUGCCCUGUGGAAAGUUUACGAUUGGGAAUAAUAAUAAAUAACCUUAUCUACUUAAGUAAUUUUUAAUGAACAGUACGAAGUAUGUUUAUAAAACUUUGUUAAGCCCCCUGUUGGAUAUUUAAAAGUCAGUUUUAUACG